AGGAGGCGCCACCCCUCCAACCAUCCCAGCUGUCCCCCGCUAAUAGCACCGGCGCCAGCAAUAGCGCCGCUCUGUUUCUAAUUGUAGCACCCGUGCCGCUGGCUUAGGCUUAUGUGCCUUGAUUGGGUUAGCUUGCCCGCUGUGAUGCAUCCGCCGGUGUGUCCCCGCGAAGGCAACACGUUGCCUGGACCUGUCUUUUCUCUUCGACGCACACGACACGCGCCGUUUGCUUGCACUCUGCAUACGCGCUUGUUUAUUUACUGGCCCUUUUUGUUGAGCUGCUCAGACACGCGACUGACUGUGGCACCAAUUAUUUCAUCACUGAGAAGAAAAAAUAAAAAUACAGAAAACAGGGAGAAUCUACAGAACAAGGCUCUGUGGGAGAAAAGGCUCCACGCCACGAUUAAGCUCCCACCCCGUUUCACUUGCUGGCCUCUAAGCGCCAAGCUCUCCUCUCCCGCCUCCACGUGAUCCACUGCCAGCGCCGGUAAUAGCUUAGGCUGGCUAUUGCAAUUGCUGUUGGUGCUGUUGGUGCUGUUGGUGCUGUUGCUAGUAGAGCUCUCGCAGCCUGAUCCGACCAACAUCACCACUUGGAUGGUCCAAACACACUGCACGGUCCGAUCAAUCAUGCUACAGCAGCGAUCCAAGUAGCCAAUCAUGUUGGACCUUGAACUUUAUGACCGUCUACGCGAGCUCAACAUCACCAUUGAAGGCGUUCAGAAUGUAUUGUCCAUUGUUGUACUCUUUCUCUGGUGUACCGCUUUCAUCUUCCCGACCAAGAUUCGCCUAGAGAACAAUGUCGAGGAAUAUGUCACCCCCAUCAACUUCAAGCUGUUUCUUUCCCACCGCGAAUCCGUAACAGUCCUUGUCUUUCUGAGCUGGCUUCCGUGCUGUGCUGUCGCCUUGUCUUACUAUACGUCUUACAUCCCUAGUAAUGACUUGAUCGAGAACAAGCUCCGAGAGAUUACACCCAUUCUCUACCUCGGCGUCUGCUGCAUGGGCUUCUUCAGAGCCAAAAACUACACCGCCGGCUUCCUCAUAGCCGUGUGCGGCAUCUUGAUCAGUGCCACCAUCAUUGCAACGUCUACUAUCGACCUCUUGAAGCCAGACAUUGAUCCAGUUAACCAUACACGUGCCCUUGCGCUGCUAACGGGCUCUGUUGCUACACUAUGCUCCUUUGCUGGUUUACGCCGCUAUCCAGAUGUCUCGUUUGACGGAGAGACGCUGGAUCGCCAGGCAUUUGCGUCUGUUUUGGAGUUCCUGUCUUUUUCCUGGGGCGCCGACUCGUACAGCGACCAUGCCAAUCCCGCCGCAAAGAUACGUGAGCUUCCCGGGCCCCGGCUGCGAUACCGUACCUCGGAGGUUGUUAAGCGCACCACCCCGUAUGAUUCCAAGACCAGCCUCUGGUCGUGGCUAUUCAAGGUCUACAGAGGUCCGUUCAUUCUCCAGUGGGUUGUAAUCAUCGUCAAAUCAGCCUUUGCCGUGGUCCCUCCGUACUUUGUCUUGCAGUUUCUGCAGGCUUUGGAAGCACGAGAGCCCAGGUCGCCAACCACGCCCGCCCUUCUCCUCCUUGUCGUGGGAAUCGCCGUAUCCGCCUUUGCGGACAAGUUUGUAAACAUCCUCGAACAAACCAUCACGUAUCGCUGGCUUAGACAGCCCAUGGCGGCGCUGCUCCAGUCCAUGAUCUACAGAAAAGCACUGCGCCUCGAAAAUGCAAACGAUCCAGAUCCAACUUCCGAAUCCAAAAGCACCCAGAAAUCAACCAGGGCCAUCAUGGCUCAUAUGCGUAACGACGUUUCCAAGGUAGCCGGCGCUACACAGGAUUUGACCAAAAUGCCCGUGGCCUUUUUUGAACUAGCCUUUGCCUCCUACUUUUUAGUACAGCUGCUCAGCUAUAGAGCUGUUUUCUUUGGCAUUGCCAUUGCCGUUCUCAGCCUCCCGACAGGAGCCCUUUUUUCCAACCACUACCGCAUUCUGCAAAACAACCUGACCAUCCACAGAGAAGGGCGCAUGUCGUUACUUACACAGGUACUCCGGAAUAUCCGCCAAAUUCGAUUCUCUGGCUCAGAAGACUUUUGGAUUAAAAAGAUCCUUGAAGUUCGACGACGCGAGCAAGCAGACGACUGGUCUGCCGGCCUGGCCAUGAGCACAUAUGUCUUCUUGUCCAAUUUGAGCUUGGUCUGCCUCGGAGCCGUCCCGCUCAUCAUGCAUGCCUUGGAACAUGACGGCAUCACCGCCUCGGUUGCAUUUACGUGCAUGAAUCUCUUCAGCACCGUCAACGGCUCGAUAUCCAUGGUCCCGCUGGCGUGGUCGUUUGGAAUGGAAGCGAGGGCUGCGGCUCACCGUCUUGAGGCGUUCUUCCGUCGAGCGGAGCGCGCCGAAGUCAUUGUUCCAUAUGAAAAGAUCAUCUUUGACCAUGCGUCCAUAACUUGGCCAACAUCUGUGAGCGAAACCGACCGCGAGGUCUUUCGGCUAAGCGACCUCGACUUUGGAUUUCCACCUAAGCGCUUUUCCCUCAUCUCCGGGCCUACUGCUUCGGGCAAGACACUGCUUCUCAAUGCCAUCCUCGGUGAAGUCAAGCUCCUGUCUGGGCAAAUCAAGUCGCCUGCAGGCCUGCCGUCUAAUUCCAACGGAUCUCCUCGUGUCGCCUUUGUCUCGCCCAACCCGUGGAUGGAGGACACUACAAUCCAAGAAAACAUUCUCUUUGGCGCCGAGCCUGAUAACCUACGAUACCGCAUGGUGCUCGAAGCUUGCGGACUCCGACCCGAUCUCCGGCUCUUAAAGGACGGCGACCAGACUGAGCUGGGCCCCAAGGCAGCAACCCUCAGCGGGGGUCAGCGCUGGCGCUUGUCCCUCGCGCGAGCCUUGUACUCCCAAGCCAAAACCAUUGUUCUGGGUGACAUUAUGAGUGCGGUCGACGUCCAAAUGAGAGAAUGGCUUCUCAAGCACGCACUGACAGGCGAGUUGGCCAGAGGGCGAACCAUCAUCCUGGCGACGCACCACAUUGACCUGUGCCGACCACGAGCCUCGUUUCAAGUGCACCUCGCCGAUGGCAAGGUUGCCCGUACAGAGCGCCUUACUCCCGUCGAGUAUCGAAUUCCGCGAUACGAGGACUACUCUGAACGCUUUGGAAGCGAUGACACGGAGAAGUCGACCAAAAAGCCAACCACAAAGAAGCCUUCUAAAUUUAAUGGAUGGGAAAGCCUUGGCAUCUGGAUGCAGGUCAGCGGUCCAUCUGUAGUGUGGCCUCUUAUGCUCUUGGCUAUCGUGCUCCAUCGCGUGUUUGUAAACAUCACACAGUGGUUGAUGAAGGAGGUUACGAAUCUGCUACAGGGCGACGAGAUAGAAAGCUCAUGGUUAAAGGUCGACCAGAUACCGGGGGAUCCGCCUACGUAUCACGAAAUCCUCGUGAGUCUGCUUCAGCUCUAUCUCAUCGCAAACGUAACCAGCUGCAUCUUUGUAGCAGCAUACAACGUCUUCAGCUAUGUCAUUGCCCAACGAACAAGCAAGGUCCUCUUUGAAGACAUGAUCCAGGGCGUGUUCCGCGCCAUGCUUGACUGGGUAGACAAUGUUCCGCGGGGCGAAGUCAACAGUCGGUACAUGGGCGACAUCAAGGCUGUGGAUUCAUACUUGCAGCCCAGCGUGGCGCAUCUCAUCAGCAGCGUAGUCAACGUAGUGGCCAUCAUCAUCGCCUGUGGCAAGGUGUCUGGGGCCGUAUGUCUCUGCGCCUGCGUCCUCCUAGUCGGAGUCUGGUACAACAGCAGCUCGACGCUUCCCAUUUCAGAGGAGCUUCAAAAGACCGAAUCCGCGUCCCACGCACCCAUCUUUGACAGAAUGUCGUCGCUGCUUGCCCCGGGUGGCCUCACCACCGUGCGUGCGUACCGUCGCGAAGAAGACUUUAUCGACAUGAUGCACGAGCGAAUCGACAACCAGUCGACAGCAGGCUGGGCCCAGCUUCUGUGUACCGAAUCCAGCGCGAUGAACACUCGCCUGAUUGGCCUUGUGCUGCGAGCCACCAUUGCCAUUGCCGCCGUCCAAUUCCAGACGCCCGCCAGCACCGUAGGCUUUGUAUUAACAGUCGAGGGCAACUUUACCCGUGCCGCCAGCGAUGUACUCUCACGAGUCAUCAGCCUACAAGGCCUACUCCAAUCCGCCGGCCGCGUCCACGAAUACGGCACUAUGCCGCGCGAGCGCCUGAGCGGCUUCGACGCCCCCAAAGCAUGGCCUUCCCGCGGCGAAGUCGUCAUUGACAACUUCUCCGCCGGCUACGACGACAAGACGCCCGUUCUGAAACGGCUCAAUCUUACCUUUGCCGCGGGCUCACGCGUCGGCAUUGUCGGCCGCACCGGCGCCGGCAAAUCGUCCUUCACGCUCGCGCUGUUCCGCCUCAUCGGUGCCCUCCACGGCAGCAUCAAGAUUGACGGCGUCGAGCUCUCGACGCUGAAACUGCAAGUCCUGCGCAGCAAACUCUUCAUCAUCCCGCAAGACCCGUUCCUCUACGGCGGGACGCUCCGCGCCAACAUCGACUCUGAAGGCAAAUACACGGAUGCGCAGAUCAACAAAGCGCUCGUUAAAGUGCAGAUUGGUCUGCCUCUUGACUUUGACGUUGCUGAUGGCGGGGGUAAUCUCUCACAGGGCCAGCGGCAGCUGAUUUGCCUGUCGAGAGCGCUGCUGGCGCGGCCUAAAGUGCUUGUGCUGGACGAGCCGACGAGUUCGGUGGACAUGGAGACGGAUGGGAUUGUGCAGCGCGUGCUGAGAGAGGACUUUAAAGAUAGCACGAUGAUUGUGAUUGCACAUCGCUUGUCGUCUGUGGCGGACUUUGAUAAGAUUGUUGUCUUGAAUGAGGGUGUUGUUGCGGAGGAGGGGGCGCCGGCGGAACUGGUGGCGAAGAAGGGUGCGUUUUGGGAUAUGGUUAAGAAGAGUACGGAUAAGACGACACUUCUUGCUGCUAUUCAGCAGAGUGCGGGUUCCUCUUCUGCGGCUAGUUGAAUUGGAGGAGGGAAUAUGCGCCGUGGCUCGUUGGAGGAUUAGUGUGAUUGCCACCCUGUGCGGGUAGGCGAUGGGGGUUUGUGUGUUUGUAGUCUACUCUUUCUACAUUUUUUAAGUUUCUAUAAGUUUUGAAUUUAUAUGUACUUCAAUUCAAUUUUAUCACAUCUA